GACAUUGUCUGGCACUCACCCUUUGCACUAUGAACCAGCAUCGCAUUUCGCGCUUCAUUUUCAUUCUUCUACUCAUGUCUUGCCGUUAAGCCUUCAAGCUGCACUUUUGAACCUGCUCAUUCUUAUUGACCGGCCGCAAUGGACAGGCCGGAAAUGGAGAUUCUCGUGCACAUCGCUGCACCGGCCAUGGCUGCUGAUGACGCAAAGUACAGAACUCUGGCAGCUGCGUAUCUGGCCUUUGAGCCACGGACAAAAACAGCGGUUGUGACCCAUGCGCAGAUGGGCACCGGGGAGGACAUCGACUGCACGGAGGAGUCACAGCCUGAGGAUGAGCUGCCCCGGCCGCAGUCCUCGAUUCAGUCACCGCUCCUGUCAUUCCGGAGUGUUGCCAACAAUCUCAGUUCCCCUUUGCCUCCACAGGCCGCAGGGGGUUGCAUCCCCGAAUCCCAGCUGUCAUGGCGGGCUCCUCCGAGCGUUAUCCAAGACUCGAUGCCGGAUAACGACUUGGUCUAUCCUCAGUACUGUACGCCGACGAGACUCUUGGAGCACUAUGCAUCCACCACUUUGGAUAGCAGCCAGCCAAUCAGCUCGCCAGUUCCCCAGGGUAGACAGACUCCCCCUCCUGCUCUACCAAAUUCGCAUGAGGAAUUCCCGAGGCAGGAGGACGACGACGCUGCAAACAAGCAGCCAAGCGAGGUCAAGGAUGGAAGUGCCGGCACCACAGACUCGCCCAGGCCGGGCAAAUCACGCAAAUCGCCCGUGGCCUCCGCACGAUCUGCUGUUACGGAGGAACCACGGGGCCCAUCCUCCUCCUGCCACGGCCGACAAGCUCGACCGACCUCCUCCUUUCGUGCCGAAUCGGAGCCGCCUCUGGCCAAACGGCCCCGGACAUCUCGAGACCCGCCUUGCGAGAAGCCCAUGAUUAGAAGCGCAAGCGACCUUGGCCCUCGGAUCCGGAGAGCCGGCAUCCUCCCGGCCCAUCACCAGACUUCAACAUACGACAAACUCGAAAUCCUUUCCCCGCCGCCCCCGACGGAGAAGAGGGAGUUACGGCCGGAAGACAUGAUCACCGACGUCCUCGCCAGCCUCGCCCGCAACCUGGACCUGGAAAAGCGGUUCAGGCCCGAAUCCCAGACCCGCGAGCUGCGCCCCUUCGAGAGAGGCUACUGGCUGGUCGACUGCACCACGUGGGACCCCGACCUGAAGCGGUCCGCGUGGGAGUACCUGGCCAAGUACCUGGGCAGCGGCGCCGCCGGCUGGGGCACGACGUGCAAGCGGGACGCCGCCUUCUCGUGGAUCCGGCUGUACUGCUGGGGAUGCGUCGUCGGGCACAUGUACCUCGUGCUCUACCUGAUGAGCAAGCGGCGGGUCCUGUACACGGGCACAUCCUGGAUUGCGGCAGACGGAGCACCGGUCGUCGUGAUGGGCGCGAAGCAGGCGCCCGCAUGACCGCGUGGAUCCCAUGGCCGAGACGGAGAAACGAUCUACCGUCGACUUGUUCUCUGACCGUUCUGAGGUUUGGUGUUUCGGG